UGGAGUUCAAAGAAGAUCACGUAUUACCUCUGGUGUCACUACAAGUCAAACAAAGACUUGCAGAACACAACCCUGCCCAGAAUCAGGUACCUGGGAGAGAUGGAGUACUUGUUCUAAGACAUGUGGUAGGGGACUUCAAACAAGAUCACGUAUGACCUCUGGUGGCACGAUAAGAGACACAAAGACUUGUAUAGCUCAGAUAUGCCCAGACAUAGGUAUAUGGGGAGCGUGGAGUAAUUGGGGUUCCUGUUCUGAAAGUUGUGAAGGUGGAUAUCAGAGGAGAUCUCGCUCCUGUAUCAGAGGAACAUGUUCUGGUGGCAUUACUGAAAACAGAAGGUGUAACAGCCAGGCUUGUGAAAAUCAAGGUGUGUGGGGAAAUUGGGGAGCUUGGAGCAGUUGCUCUAAGACUUGUGGUGGUGGGACAAGGCGUAGAUUCCAUACCUGUCUAAGAGGCAUAUGUGUUGGGAGUUUUAUUGAAACACAGAUUUGUGGCCAACAAACAUGUGGACCAGAAGAAGGCGUGCCAUGUGUGGAUAGACACAUACAUUGUCUAUACUGGCAGAGGAACGGAUGGUGUACUAAGAGUGUUACAUAUAUGAAGGUAUUCUGCACAAAAUCAUGUGGCUUCUGCACAGCUACUAGCAAUGGUGCCACUGGAAGUAGCAGAGGAGUGUGUGUUGACAACAGACAAAGUUGUGCAUCUUGGAAACAAGCAGGGGAAUGUACCAAGAACCCAACCUAUAUGGCCAGAUAUUGUAAGAAGUCAUGUGGUCUUUGCAGUUCCAACAGUGCCAGUUCCCCUAGGGGUAAUAGAGUUUCAGUUCAAGUAACAUGGUGGUCUACACAGCAAAGAGCAUGCCUGAGAGGACACAAUGACAAGAUAAUACCAAACACCAGAACAUUAAAUGAAUGCCGUAGAAAUUGUCUGAGAGAGACAACAUUCACAUGUCAGUCCAUUGACUUUAACUUUUUGCUGAAACACUGUAUUCUAUCCAGUAAAACAUCACCAGUUCUUAACCCAUGUCCAAAUACAAAUUUUACAUUCUCUCGACGUAUGAACUGAACAAUGCCAUGUAUUUUCAACCUUGUACAAAUGCAAAUUUCAUAUAACUAAACUAACUGAAUAGCUCAAUGUAUUCUUAAUUUAUGUCCUAAGUUACAGAUUCUGAAUUCUCUAAAUCUACGAAUUGCAUGGACAACUCAAUGUAAAACUGAAUAAAAAAGCUGUAAUAAAAUAUAAAAAAACAACAGCCCACUUAAUUCCCUAAAACUGCCACAUCCCGGUAAAACCGUUUUGACACUGCUAUUGUACAUGUGCAGAAAAUUAAUGUAUUAUGCUGCAUUCUAUUACUGAUUCAUAACAAAAUACUAUUGUCCCACUUUCAAACCAAGUUCCAUGUGCAAGUAUAUAGUUCUAAAGCUCAAUAAUUGAAUUCUUAAAUGUAUCUGUAUUUUUGUUUUCUAGAAAUAUUGUUCCAAAUAUUCAAUAGACA